AAAGAAAGAAAGAAAGAAAGAAAGAAAGAAAGAAAGAAAUCGGACGAUCACAGUAUACCAGCGUGCUUCGCACGGCUGAUAUAAUAAAAAUGCCAUGUUUUUGGGGUGCAUAAUACCAUAUGGCUGAACGGGUCAAUGCCUCGUCUUUAGGGCACGUAUACCGUACCGUCAGGCGCAUCAAACCGGCGACAUUGUAAGAUUUCCGUUAGCAGAGGGUCCAUUCCACAACCAGAGAAGGCCUCAGCAUGAUCAACGGCUCGGAUAAGAGCCGCCAAAAUUCCUGGCGUUGGAUGAUAUUAUUCUCUCGCUUUUUGUGGUCGUUUAUCGCCCUCGGUAAAUUUAAAGCCAUGGGAGUUUUGCUUCCCCACAUCGUGGUCAGCUUUUCCACCAGCACAGCCGUCGCAGGGUUCGUGACAAGCGCUAGUGUAGGCAUUGGGACUACAGUGUGCGGUCCCUUAGCUGGUGCUGCGCUGAAGGUUUGGUCCCCACGGACAAUAACAAUGGUGGGAGGAGCAGUGGUUGGAACCGCCACCAUAGCAGGGUCACUUGCAACAUCUACUGUACAACUCGGAGUGCUCUUCUCAGUCUCAAGUAUUGGCCUGGCCUUUAUACAAGUAGCCAUGACACAAACUAUCAUGGACUACUUUCCAGACGACUUUGCAUUUGCUAACGGUGUCACCCUCGCAGGAGGCACGAUCGGCAUGAUGGUCCUUCCCCCGCUUGUGGAUUACCUGGUGUUCCUGUACGGUUGGCGAAAUGCUCUGGUACUGACGGGAGCUCUCUGUUUCAAUUACGUCGCGUGUGGAGCACUACUCAGACCACUCGGCAUGCGAUACAGUCUGGUGCCCAGUCACGCCGAUGAGGAAACUGAACUCCCAAUGCCUGGUAACCCCAUUAAUAACGGCUCCUCUGAUUCGAAGGCGGAUCCUGGAGGAAUGACGUCCGUUCUGAGGAGAGUAUCUGAGACUCUACGCGAGCGUCUUGAUAUCCAGGCACUGACCCAGCCGACUUUCGUUAUGUUCCAAGUGGCAACUUUGUUAGAGGGGAUGAUUUUCAGUAUGUGGCAUUUAUUUCUCAUUCCACAAGGUAUUGAGCUUGGUUUCGGGGACUCCCCUUCUGCCUUCCUUGCAACCUACGCUGGAAUAGGAUCCCUGAUCGGACGCCUGAGCCACGGACUCUUGGUUGAUCUCGGUCUCAUCAAAGCCUCAACACUCUUUAUCCUGGCUGGCCUAGUCUUUGCCGUACCCAAUCUUCUAGAUCCUCUGGCAGUUUCCUCGUACACGGCU